ACAGGAAACCUGCCCGCCAACCCACUUCACACCCAUUGGCUGGAGAGUGGUUGAGGCGGGCCCUGACAAACGCCUGCUCAGAGGCAGGAGCCACAGGGGCACUUGCUGGCUCCUUGGGUGGCUGCGGCGUUCCUGUCUCUCCUGAGCGGGGCUCACUAACGGCUGGGUCGCAUCCCACAGAGGCUGAGGAGGAGAAGCAGGAGGCGGGUCCCUGAGGAGACGCUGUGCCCUGAGAGCUUCCCUCACUGAGGAGGCCUCGUGCUUCAUCUGUCACAAGUGGUGCUCAGGCCGGUGGUGACAACGAGGACGAUGCUCAGGCUUCUGAGAUUUGUUUUGGCCCUCUUCCAGAGAAGGGUAGAGCCCGCAGAGCGGCAGGGUCCACAGCAGCAGGGUCUCCCACAAGGGCAGCCCAAGUUGAAAACUGUGCAGGGAGUUGUCACGAGUUUCUGUGGUGAUUAUGGCGUGAUUGAUGAGUCGAUCUACUUCAGUUGUGAUGUUGUGACUGGCAAUGAACCUCUAAAAGUUGGACAGAGAGUUAAUGCGGUUGUGGAAGAAGAUACAGCACUUUAUGGAUUGAAGGCAGUCGAGGUGGACAUUGUGCCUCACGGUGCUGGACCCUCAGACGCAGGAACCAAACUUUUAGUUGGAUGUAUCACUUCUAUAAGUGAGGAUUUUGUGCCUUAUCAGGGCGACUGGUUAGACAUUGAAUAUUCCGAUGAGCCAGGCAUCUCAAACAUCAAGGCAAUCUCUGCAAAGCACACCCGUUGGGAUCACGCGGAAGAGGUCUGCAUUACUAGCUUCCGUGCAAGAAAUGGGGUGAUACAUAAUAAUAUCUUUUUCACCUUGGAUUCUGUGAAACUUCCUCCUGGAUACCAGCCUCAAGUAUUUGAUACUGUCGACGUGGUCAUGGUGGAGAGCAGUCACUUCUGCUAUAUCUGGAGAGCGGUUUCCAUCACUCCAGCGCAAAAAUCCCCCGGAUCCCCUGAUGACGGAGGCCCGGGACGGCUUGAAAGGAAAUGGCAGAGUCAAAUCCUUUAACUGAAAAGGCAGCAGGGACAGCGUGUUAAAGGCAUCACAAAGCACUGAGAAGAGUGCUUGGCAGACUCGAGGUGCAGAUAAAAUGUUAUUAAGUUCAGUGACUGAAUGAUUGGACCGACAACGAUGUUUAGCUGUGGUUCGUUCAUCACUGGUUCUUUAGGAAUAAAACUGUUGAGCAACGCA